AUUUCUCUGACUUCAUUUCCCUACUUCAAAUUACGAUCUGGUUUUUUAUAAAUAACAGAUUCGCUUCCUUUCUUUCUCACAAUAUUCUUUUGUUCUCCUAAAAACCAGAUCGAUACAAACAAAGCGAAUUUUAGGUUUCUCUCUAGAAGAAGAUGGCGAUGCAGAAGGCUAAAGAGAUCGUUUCCAGCAAUGCCGUCGUUGUUUUCAGCAAGUCGUAUUGUCCAUUCUGUGUGAAAGUGAAGGAGCUUUUGCAGAAAUUGGGAGCUAAAUUCAUAGCCGUUGAGCUCGACAAAGAAAGUGAUGGUGGCAGCAUUCAAGCAGCUCUUGGAGAAUGGACAGGACAACGCACCGUGCCGAAUGUGUUUAUUGGAGGAAAACACAUCGGUGGCUGCGAUGCAACAAUGGGCAUGCACAGUAGCGGCAAGUUGGUUCCUCUGUUGACUGAAGCUGGAGCUAUCGCUGCAACGACAUCUGCUUAAAGAGCAAAUCCGUUUGGGAUUUGCUUCUAUGAGGAAUAAUAAGAUUUUGAGUCAGCAAUAAGAACUUGUUUUUGUCUUCAACUUAAAUCCAAAAUAACAAACAGUCUGAAAAUGUUUUAAGAGUGUCCUUAUGUCGAAGUCAAGUCGGCUUUGAACUUCUAAUUCAUUAUGUCAAAUUACAGAUUAUGUUAUCAUCUUCUGGAUAUUGCUUUCAUUCUCGUUACAUAUUUUUACGAUGAGAGGUUAUUUA